AUGGUCUCAACACGCUCCUCCUCCCGCGCCCUCCCCAACGGCCCCGACGCCUCUUCGAGCAUCCCCGCAACAGCCCGCGCCGUCGCCACCGCCGCCACAACACACCCCGAAAACACCUCGACCGCACAAGGCUGGUCCCACGCGCCAACGACCUGGACCCGCCUCUGGCUCCUCGUCUCCCUGCCCCUCGUCGCCUGGGACACGGGCUACGUCCUCCUCCGCCCCUGGACCAUGCCGGGCGGCCACCUCCACUGGCCCCUCUACGUCCCCUACAAGCUCUACGGCGAGGUCGACCACGUCUACGGCUGGAAGGCUUUUCACGCCGGCAACGGCUUCACCUCGGCCCAGGGCGCGCUCAACGCCGUCGAGACGCUCAUGUACCUCGCCUACUACUGGCUCUACUUCUCGCGGGGCCGCGCCGUAGAGAGCGGCCCCGCUGGUGGUGGGUUGCCGAUGAAAAAGGUUGUGGGCGGGCGGGCGGGGGCGCUGGCUAUUGUUAUUGGGUUCAGCGCGGCUGUCAUGACGUUGAGCAAGACGGUGCUAUACUGGGCGAACGAAUACUUUUCCGGCUUCGACAACAUUGGCCACAACACGCCAUUGGACCUCCUCUUUCUAUGGAUUAUUCCAAACGGCGCCUGGCUCCUCGGCUCAGGCUACAUGAUCCUGUCCAUGGGUGGCGAGAUCGUCGACGGGCUGGCCCUCGCGUCAAAGACUAUCAAGACGGAAUAA